AUGGGCUGCUUCUGCGCCGCGCCCGAGGAGUUCUACUGCGAGGUGCUGCUGCUGGACGACUCCAAGGUGGCGCUCACCACGCAGCGCCAGGGCGUCAAGAAGUCAACAAAAGGCUCAGUUGUCCUGGACCAUGUGUUUCAUCACAUAAACCUUGUGGAGAUCGAAUUUUUUGGGUUGCGGUACUGUGACCGAAGCCAUCAGACGUAUUGGUUGGAUCCUGCAAAAACCCUUGCUGAACACAAAGAACUGAUCAACACUGGACCUCCUUAUACAUUGUACUUUGGUAUUAAAUUCUAUGCUGAAGAUCCAUGUAAGCUUAAAGAAGAAAUAACCAGGUACCAGUUUUUCUUACAGGUGAAGCAGGAUGUACUUCAGGGACGCCUGCCCUGCCCUGUCAACGUUGCUGCUCAGCUGGGUGCAUAUGCCAUGCAAUCUGAACUUGGAGAUUAUGACCCAUUUAAGCAUACUUCAGGAUAUGUAUCAGAGUACCGGUUUGUUCCUGAUCAAAAGGAAGAACUUGAAGAAGCUAUUGAGAGGAUUCAUAAAACUCUGAUGGGUCAGAGUCCCUCUGAAGCAGAGCUGAAUUACUUGAAGGCUGCCAAAUCCCUGGAGAUGUAUGGUGUUGACCUCCAUCCUGUCUAUGGGGAAAAUAAAUCUGAGUAUUUCUUAGGAUUAACUCCAGUUGGAGUUGUUGUAUACAAGAAUAAAAAGCAAGUGGGGAAAUAUUUCUGGCCGCGGAUUACAAAGGUUCACUUCAAGGAGACACAGUAUGAACUCAGAGUACUGGGAAAAGAUUGCAAUGAAACCUCAUUCUUUUUUGAAGCUCGAACUAAAAGUGCUUGCAAGCAUCUCUGGAAAUGCAGUGUAGAACAUCAUACGUUUUUUAGAAUGCCAGAAAAUGAAUCAAAUUCUUUAUCAAGAAAACUCAGCAAAUUUGGAUCCAUAAGUUAUAAACACCGAUAUAGUGGCAGGACAGCAUUGCAAAUGAGUCGAGAUCUUUCGAUUCAACUUCCCAGGCCAGACCAAAAUGUGGCAAGAAGUCGAAGCAAGACUUACCCUAAGAGAAUAACCCAAACACAGCCAGUUGAAUCAAACAGCAUACAUCAAGUAACCGCAAACAUGGAGAAUGGGGAAGAUGAAGGAACAACUAAAAUUAUUGCACCUUCACCAAUAAAAAGUUUUAAGAAAGCAAAGAAUGAAAACAGUCCUGAUAGCCAAAGAAGCAAAGCACAUGCACCGUGGGAAGAAAACAGUCCUCACAGUGGACUCUAUAACUCCUCCAAUGAGCGCACCAGGUCCCCGAAGUUCCCUGCCUCACGCCGCAGGAACCCGUCUUGUGGGAGUGAUGAGUCUCUGCAGCCUGCCAGGAGAAGGAAAGCCCAUAACAGUGGUGAAGACUCUGAUCUAAAGCAAAGGAGGAGGUCACGCUCACGCUGUAACACAAGCAGUGGUAGUGAAUCAGAAAAUUCAAACCGAGAGCACCGAAAGAAGAGAAAUAGGCUGCGGCAGGAAAAUGAUAUGGUGGAUUCUGCGCCUCAGUGGGAGGCUGUGCUAAGGAGACAGAAGGAGAAAACCCAGGCAGAUCCCAACAGCAGAAGAUCCAGGCAUAGAUCCCGCUCGAGAAGUCCUGAUAUACAAGCGAAGGAAGAGUUAUGGAAGCAUAUACAAAAGGAACUUGUGGACCCUUCUGGACUGUCAGAAGAGCAAUUAAAAGAAAUCCCAUACACUAAAGUAGAGACUCAAGGGGACCCCAUCCGCAUCAGGCACUCCCACUCACCUCGGAGUCACCGCCAGUACCGCAGGUCUCAGUGUUCCGAUGGAGAGCGGUCAGUUCUCUCAGAGGUCAAUGCAAAGACUGAUCUUGUCCCUCCUCUUCCUGUGACUCGUUCCUCAGACACACAGGGAUCUGGGGGCUCCACGAUCCGUCAGAGAAGAAAUGGAUCUAAAGAUAGCCUCACUGAAGAAAAAUCUCAGACAUCUACAAGCAAUCUAUCAGGAAAGCACACGGUGAAAACAGUAAAAACAAUCCAAGCUUCACGACUCAAGACUUGAUACCAGUGGUUUGAGGUGGAAGAAAGGACCUGCCACCUUGAUUUGAAACUGUGAAUUUAAUUACUCAAGAAUCUUGGGCCUGUGCAAAAGAAAGUCAUACAUGAUUUCUUAAAGGCUUGCCUACAAGUUAUUUCUGCUUGAAUGGCCUUCCUAUUUGGUAACUGGAUAGGGUAACUUGUAAAACUCAUUCACUUGAUGCCAGCCUUUCCUUCUUGGAAACCUCAACGCCAGAUACUUCUGAUAAAAGUUCUGGAAUCCUAAAAUGCAGCAAAAUAGCUGUGCAAUAGCAUACCAAGUGUGAUUUAGGCUCUCCAGGCUCUUGUUGGGUCUUAACCUGUGCAAGAUGCAUCCUGGAGCACCACUUGCAUACUGCAGUAUUUUUACUCUUUUGUAAUACUGUGUUUUAUGGCAUCAGGUUCUACCAGUUGUCACACAUGGAAGAGCCUUGUUUGUAAAUGUUGCUUUGUAUUUGUGUCCUUGUUUCAUGUUUUCAGGAAAAACCUGUCGAUUUCAAUUGGUCUCAAACUCAUAAAAUCAUUUAAAAAGC